AGUCAAAAAUUGUAAUUUCAAAUUAUGUUUAGCCAUGAAAAUAUUGUUAGCGGACGUUUUAAAUCGGUCCUGAUUGAGCACGAUGUUAUUAAUUUCCGCGUACGGGAGGGAGGGUUUUAUGGGCGAUUUCAGAGGUGGUGGUAUGAUUUAUUUUUGUUGUCGUAUGGAGAUAACCGAGCAAAACGUUACUAUAUGAGUUCGUACGCGAUGAUGAUGGCAAGGACCGCUCAGUUUCACCAUGAACGUGGCUGUAUCCAUCCUUUUAGUAAAUUCAGGAACUUUUGGGACUGUCUAAUUCUUCAUCUCCUCCUUAUACGCAUGAUAAUGUUUCAUUUCAACAGUAGUGUCGUACACGACACUCAUAUAUUCUUCCACUAUUUGUUGGUCAUUAUCGACAUUGUAUUCAUAUUGGACCUUUAUGUCAAUGCAAAAACUGGUUACGUGGUCCAAAGAACUAGACGAGUGGUUAUAAAUUCCCACGAUAUAUUACUAAAUUAUCUUUCGACGGACGUUUUUCUCCAUGCUAUGAAUGCGAUACCACUUCAGAGCCUCAUGCACCUUAGACUUGGAAAGAAUAUAAUAAACAGUUACUCCAGAGCCAACUUAUUUACCUGUACACUUAAGGUUGUAAGCAUGAUUCAUAUAGGUAGACUGUUCCAAGCAUCUAAAUACUGGGCGAAAGAUAGUGAUACUUUUGCAAUGACGGUUGCCUUCAAGUUUAUGAGAAUAAUUGUUGUUGGACUUGUGGUGGUGUAUGAAAUAAUAACGUUGACUAACGCAUACAAUGUGAUUUAUGGAAUUGUAACAGGCUCAAUGAAGUUAAAUACUUUUAACGGAAAUAUGUUAUUGAUCAAGUAUCAUUCCGAGCCCGGACUGGUUAUAAAUGAUUCAGCAUUUUACUACAUGAGGUUAUCCAGAGUGUGCAAGAUUUUUUUUCUCUUCGGAUUUGGACUUUUACCUAACGCGGAGCCCGCCGACCGUAUUUCAGCUAUAGUAAGUUACUGGGUAGCCUCUAUAUUUCACUUCUGGGCUGGAAUUGUUUUAUAUAACUGCGUGACAAGAGAAAAUUCUUUGAACGACCUUCUAUAUGUGGCCCGAACGCAGACUUUUAAUGUCUUAAAAAUAAGGGGGCUUUCUGACACUAUCCAUGAUAAAGUCGUCAAGUAUUAUGAUUAUAAGAUGUCAAGUUUGAACAUUUUAGAGAAGAAAAACUGCCUGUUUAAAGCGUUACCGAGUGAAUUGACGUCAGAGAUCAAAAUGAGCUGUUUUGAGAACUAUGUUGUAAAGAUUCCCUGUUUUUCCGAAUGGCCACCAGAAGUUAUUGCUAAAAUUGUGGAUCUGCUGCAACCUGAAAUAUACUUGGGUAAUGAUCUAGUGAGCAGUACACAGAACUCGCGCGAUGGACUGGUGAUAGUGGAAGUAGGGCUGCUGGCAGUGUACUCUAAACAAGAAGAAACCGGUCACCUCAUGGAUGGUGACUACUAUGGAGAAACGGCGCUGGUCAUCGAUCGGGAGACGCCAUCGAACACUGUCGUUGCUGUUACACCUAGCACGGUUUUGUUAUUGGAUAAAACACUUUUCCGUAAAAUGAUGGCAGCAUAUCCAGACCUCUUCUGUUCGUUGCGCAUGGAGUUCAUAUUAGCCAACGUACCGGAUAGCCGUCAUGGCGAAGAAACCGGUAUUUCACCUGAAUCGUAACCGGUACUUACCUUGAUGAUAUUUUCAAUUUCUGUUUCUAA